UCCGCCUAGUCGCUUACGUCACCAACGGACCACGCGUGAAUAAAAAGGGCACCCCCAGUGCACACAGACUGUUAGUGAAUGAGAUAAACAAAGAGCCUGUGACUCUCAAAGAAAAAAAACCAUAAUUCUUUACACUAUUUGGAAACAUGGAAAAAGGUUUGAGUCCAGAGAAGGUUGCAAACUUCACCAAACGGCUGCAGGCCGAGCCACGCUACCUGCUGGCACAGAACGUGUCGACAUGCAUCGACCCAUUGGAGGUUUGUCUGCAACGACAGACUGUACAGGACACUGUGCACGUCUUCCAGCACUCUAUUCCCACAGAGGGCAAGCCCAUCACCAACCAGAAAAACUCAGGGAGAUGUUGGAUUUUCUCAUGUUUGAAUGUCAUGCGACUUCCCUUCAUGAAGAAAUUCAACAUAGAGGAGUUUGAGUUCAGUCAGUCCUACCUUUUUUUCUGGGACAAGAUUGAGCGUUGUUACUACUAUCUUCAAGCUUGUGUGGAGACUGCACAGAAGAAGGAGCCAGUGGACGGACGGUUGGUCCAGUUCCUUCUUUCCAAUCCCACCAAUGAUGGAGGACAGUGGGACAUGCUGGUUAACCUCAUUGAAAAGUAUGGUGUUAUUCCAAAGAAAUGCUUUCCAGAGUCACACAGCACAGAGGCUUCGCGUAGAAUGAAUGACAUCCUCAACCAUAAGCUGAGAGAAUACUGUCUUAAACUGAGGAAUAUGGUGGAAAGUGAAGCCACGAAGGCUGAACUGUCGGAGGCUAUGGACACAAUGAUUGAGGAGGUGUUCCGAGUGGCCAACAUUUGCCUCGGCAGCCCUCCUGAAACCAUCUGCUGGGAGUUCAGAGACAAGGACAAGAACUUUCAUAGUAUCGGACCUCUAACUCCCCAGGAAUUUUAUAAGGAACAUGUCAAACCUUUGUACAACAUUGAAGACAAGGUCUGCCUUGUAAAUGACCCUCGACCCCAGAACCCUUUUGGUAAGCUGUACAGCGUCGAGUUUCUGGGUAACAUGCUCAACGGUCGACGCACCUUGUACAACAACCAACCCAUCCAUCUGCUUAAAAAGGCAGCAGCAGAGUCCAUCAAGGACGGAGAGGCUGUAUGGUUCGGGUGUGAUGUCGGGAAACAUUUCCACAGCAAGCUGGGCAUUAACGACAUGAACGCGUUCAACCAUGAGCUGGUGUUUGGUGUUUCAUUGAAGAACCUCUCCAAAGCAGAGCGACUAAUUUUUGGAGAUUCACUGAUGACCCAUGCUAUGGUUCUCACCGCUGUCACAGAAACGGAAGAGAAGGAAGGCUACAAGAAGUGGAGGGUGGAAAACUCCUGGGGUGAUGACCGAGGGAACAAAGGUUACCUGAUCAUGACUGACGAUUGGUUCUCAGAGUAUGUGUAUGAAGUGGUGGUGGACAAGAAAUUCCUCUCUCCUGAAGUACUUGACGUGAUGCAGCAGGAACCUGUCGUACUCCCUGCCUGGGAUCCUAUGGGAGCCCUGGCAUAGCUGGAGAAACCUCAGUUUUAGCCUCAACCUCGGGUCCAACUGACUUCCCCCUAUUUCCUCGGCUGAUUUUACCUCAUCAUGGAUUAAAUGCACCCUUCGUGAACAGCCUCUUCUUAAAAAAAAAAAUAAAGAUUUUGAUUUCUUUUUUUAAAUGA